CACCUCGUCCUGAUACUCCUAUGCCGACAGCACGCCUAUCUACACUGAACAAUGCUUCACACGCUGAAGUUGCUUCUCACGCCUACAAUGACCAUAUCCCGACCCUGCUCCAGCUAUGUGUCCCGGAUGAGGUAUCUGAUGAAGCUGAAGGAAGAUGAUGAAGUGUGUCGAGGAGCACUGCAGUCUGGAAGCUUAUUUCUUUAUCACAAACUUGCCCCACUGCUGCAGAAGAACAAAAAUGGUAUAUACCAAAUGCCAGCUAUAAAGACCUCAGAGGUACAGGGAAUUCUGGAGAAGUUGGGCAAGGACAAACAACUUGUGGAUGAGUCUGUCCUUAUUGGCUGCACUGAAGAAAAUGAGGCCCAGUUUUCCUUGGACCUUGGUGAGAUAGAGCAAAGUGAAGUGGAACAGCUUUGUGGAGGGGUCUUUGUGGAUCUUAGGAAAGCCUUCUUUCUGUUGAGGGCACAUGAAGCUCCACUUGUUGCCAAAGGCCAGGCUCUUCUGAGAUGGCACCAGAGCCAUAAGUUCUGCAGUGCCACUGGACAGCCCACUUUCAGAAACCAGUCUGGCAGUCAGAGAGUGUGCCACAGUAGUGGUUUCACCUACUACCCUAUGAUGGCACCAGUGGUGAUUGUGCUGGUGUCAGAUGGAAACAGAUGUCUGUUGGGGCGACAGGCCACCUUCCCGCCGGGCAUGUAUAGUGCACUGGCAGGUUUCUGUGACAUGGGUGAAACUGUGGAGGAAACUGUGCACAGAGAGAUAGCGGAGGAGGUGGGUUUAGAGGUUCAGUCCCUACAGUACUCUGGCUCUCAGCACUGGCCUUUUCCUCAGAGCUCCUUCAUGGUGGCUUGCCAUGCCACUGUUAACCCAGACAAAACCGAGGUCAGUGUGGAUAAGGUGGAGUUGGAUGACGCUCGUUGGUUCACUCUUGAAGAAGUUACAGAGGCUCUUCAGAGGAAGAAACCACCACGUAACCCUAAAGGGGAACCACCCACAUUCUGGGUCCCACCGAGUUACGCCAUAGCUAAUCGACUCAUCUCUGAAUGGGCCCAGCAGCAACAGUUAAAAUUGAAACGGAGUUAACAGAGACCUGUAACUUACUGAAUUUACCCAGGCGAUAUGUAGACAGUUUGUAUUGCUUUACCUCUUUAUUCAGACAAAAUAGACCAGUCACUUGAUUUUUAAGUUUUAAAACUUUAAAAGUAAGAUCUGUGGCCAUUGUUUAUGAAAUGACUACAAACCAGCUGUUAUAUGGACAGAUCAGGCCACAGAACACUGUUGUUUGUGAAGGAGACUGUGGAGUGAAGCACCUAAACUAUAUAAAUCCUUAUUAAGUCUGUAAAAAUUCUGAAAACUA